AUGCAAAUGCUGUUCAACUGCCUGGUUGCCAUUCUCUUCUUACUGGCCUGUGGUAGCAUAUACGCCGCCAAAAGUUACCACGAGGAAUGCACGACAGAGUGUAACAAAUGUGAGGGGAUGUGUAGAGGAGGUUAUCUAGCAUGUUCUGAGAAUUCAUCAAAAGUGGAACAAUUUGAGCAAUGCAAAGCUACUUGCGUGGGUGACAAUCUGAGUCCAGAAAAUUGUAGAGCCAAUUGUGAACUAGUUACUCAUAAUCAGGGCAUGUGUGAAACUGUUUGCGUUGAUAACUACCCUGACUUUUUACCUAUCUGUUUAUUUUACUGCUCCGAAACGAGUAAGUUGAAAAAAUAUACAUUCGGUACUGAAUAAUUUCUCCAUGUUAUCGAAGAAUACAUGUGUUUUAUUGUUUCAAGACGUUAUUACCUGUGCAUAGAUAAAUUCAAUUCAAACGCAAUAAUUCUUCAGUUAACUAACCAAGUGUGGCAUGUUUAAGUUCGCUGUAUUUCUGGAUCAUGAGUAUGGCUUUAUAUUUGCUGGAUGCAAUUACAGUUUUCGUUCACAGUUUAGAAUGUCAAAGUUCAAUAAUUUUGUCUAAAAUCAAUCAAAAUCAUCGGGUUCGAAUCUCGGUGAGUGCGUACUGCUGAGGAGUCCCAAACUAGUACGAAACAGCUGUCCAGUACUCCUAG